UGUCCACCUUUAGCUGACAUCGAUAGCUGGCAGUGAAAUGCCAAAGGCCGUAUAAUUUUUUUUCUUUUCCUUGUAAUUUUCAUGUCGUAUGUUGCUUUUGAAAUCAAAUUAAACCUUUUUUGUUACUGAAAUCCGCGACCACAGUCAGUUACUGCCGUAAAUAUGGAUACGGAGAAGUCUAGCAGCAGCUCCUUCGAGGACCUGACCAAUGCCGAGGACACCAAGGACAUCCGCAAGGUGGCCGCGGAGGAGGCCGCCUCCGGAGAUGGAGCAGCACCAGCGGCUGGUCUGGAUGAAGAUAAAAGGGCGGCGCAGGAGGAUGCCGAAGAGCAGGCCGAGAUUGAGGAUGAAUGUGAUAUACUGGGCAACAAGCAGUUAAUAAAACGCACAAUCAAGAAGGCGCCAGGGGAUGUAGACAGGCGACCUCUGCGCGGAGAACUGGUCACCCUGAACUUCACCGGCAAACUGGACAACGGCAAGGUGGUCGAAGAGGAGAAGAACUUCCAGUGCCACGUGGGCGACUACGAGGUCGUCCAGGGACUGGACAUGGUGGUUCCGAUGAUGCAGGUCGGCGAAGUGGCCCAGGUCAGCGUGGAUCCCCGCUUUGGCUACGGCUCCAUCGGACUGAAAAAGGAUGGCGAAUCCGAAUACCUGGUUCCACCCGAUUCGCAUCUUACCUACGAAAUAGAGCUUUUGGAUAUCAAAUACGAAGAUUUUGCGGACCUCAAGAGCUUUGAAAUACUGCGCAAAUACGGCACCCGCAAGAAAGAACGCGCCAACUUCUUUUACAAGCGCUUGGAGUUCACCACCGCCAUUCACCUAUACAGACGUGCUCUUGACUUCCUGGACAACCGAGACGGGGAUCCGGAAUCGGAGUUUGACAAGGAAGACCUAGAGCUGUCGAACAGUGACACGCAGGCCUUGUUGGAGGAUCGGUUGAUAGUGUACAACAAUCUGGCCAUGACUCAAAUCAAAAUCGCCGCCUUCGACGCAGCGCUGCAGUCUGUGGAGCACGUCCUGCGGUGUCAGCCAAACAAUUCCAAGGCCUUGUACCGCAAAGGCAGGAUAUUGGAGGGCAAAGCCGACACUCAGGGCGCCAUCAAGCUGCUGCAAAAGGUGGCCACUCUCGAACCCGACAAUCGUGCCGUUCAGUCCGAUUUGGCCAGACUCUUCAUUAAGGCUCGUCGCGAAGAGCACAACGAAAAGGAGAUGUAUCAGAAGAUGCUGGGCCAGGCCAAGAAAAUGGAGCAGAAGACUGCCACCAGGCAAAAGCAGCCCCUUGUGGACAACUCCAAGCUUAAGCUGCUGGGCUAUCUGAUGGGUUCAAUAUUAAUUGGUGUAGCUGGCGUCGCUAUUUAUCGUUACAAGUACUAAGGACAUGCAUUGCACAUGAACUACUGGUUACUUUAAGCAAUUGAAAUGCAUUUUUUAAGGAUAUAUAUAAAAGGCAAAAUUAUGAAUGUUGGAAAGCCGCAGUUGCUUACUAUAACGAUAUGGCAAUGGCUCUUGUUGUACAUUUAAUACUAUGCACACUUCACAAUAGUAUGUAUCUUUCAAAUGAUAUGGUUUUGGAUAUCGUACAUAUAAUGUUAAAGCUUAAUUUUAUUCAAUUACAUUCUGUCAGACAAGUACCGGGAAUUGUUUAAAUAAACACACUGUUCUCCUCAUUA